CGCUAAAAGUAGAAAUGUAGCCGGCGUAAAAUCCGAAAAAACAAUUUCGCGUGUAAUGAAAUUAGUAAAACACUCAUUGCGAAACAGCCUUUCGAGCUUUCGAGUGUCAAGACACCCCCGCUAACCCCAGCACCCUAGCGGGGUUGACGGGGUUCGCACAUCCAUUCAGUUCGCAAUCACCCCCGCUCGGAACGCCCGUACGCUCCGUUCCAAGCGAUACUCGCGAUCUUUUCCGAAAGUGCAAUAUUUUGAAACGUUCGAAUUUCGAACGUUUUCUUUUUUCUGUGUGAGUGUUUCUGUUUCUUGGUUGCCAGUGUUUCGUGUUUUAUAUUGGAUUUGUUUUCGUGUUAAGUUUUGGACGUCCGCAUUUGGUCAACUUACGUGUUGGACGGUAUGUUGAACUUCUGAAUUCCUGUCCCGGCCUGGCUUCGAUACUGAGUAACUCCAGAAGCUCCUGUUGAAUUCGAUGGCAUGGCGCGGUGACGCAUGAUGACACUGCCGCUCGCCGCGCUGCUGCGGCUGCUGCUUAUUGCUGGUGGCGCUAACUUCGUGAACCCGUACGCCAACGACGAGCCAGACCUAACCCAAGUAUGGCUAGAGCUCCCCACCUCCCCCGUCGCCCUGGGCGGCGACGUCCACGUCCACGUCCACGGCGCGUCCACGCCGCUGCGCCUGCGCCUCGCGCGCGACGACGACGACGGACGACUGCUAUUGGCUGUUAUGCCACUAGCGCUAGACGCUGAAGGCCGCAUGACGCUCCCGUGCGGCUACUUCACCCGAGGUGGAACCUACUACGUUGAGCUUUUAGCGGAUAAUUUUGUGAAUGAUUAUGAUAACAAUAGUGUUAGUGAUGAUAGAGUAAUAAGAGAUGCGAAAGUGAAUGAUAAACAAGUGAACAGUGGAGUGUCUAAUGAUGGUAAUAGUGAUAAAGAUAAAAGAGAAGUGAAUAGUAAAGAAAACUAUGAAAAUAAAGGCGACGAUAAAGUUAAAAGAGAUUUAAAUAAUAAAGUAAUCAGUAAAACAAAUAAGAGAGUAAAAAGAGAAGAAAGUGAAGGGAGAAUAGUGGAAACUGAAGACGGAGUGGUCAAAUCGUGGAAUUUCGAUGUGCUUUGGCCGUCAGCGAAGUUAGAUGUGACUCCGGAGCAAAUACAGACGUAUCCGGAGAGGCAGGUGACAGCGAUAUUGGAGUUCCCGAAGGUGAUGUGUGCUCCGUUGCUGCAAAGUGCGGAUUUCUGGCUGGAGCUGCUGUAUUGUGGACAUUCGAGUGGAGGAGCUGUGCUAUGCGAUGGGAAGAACACCAGCUCUCACGCGCACGUUUUGUAUUCUGAACAGAUGCACGGCUUUCCGGGUCGCCGAACGAUGACGCUGCGUUGUGAACUAUUCGGCCAAGCCGGAGACUACGCGCUCACACUUCGGCCUGCGGCCGCCGGGCCACAGGACCUCGCUACUGCCUUUGUCAAGGCAGACUGGUCGGAGCAGUUCGUGCUGAACGUGCACGGCGGCAGCGUGUUCCCCUGCGGUGAAGGAGUGCGAGUCCUCUUCCAGUACCCGGAGUGUGUACUGGAGGGUGCAGACAGAGUACGGGUCUUUGGGCGGGAUCCGGAGCGGCUGAGAUAUGUGGCCGAAAGAAGAGUGCGGAGGGGCCAGCACACAGUCUCGUUUGACUGCCGUCUGUUCAGCGAGAGGUAUCCAGAGUACUGCUUCGUAUACGUCUCGCAAGCUGUGACAGGCGCUGUGGCUGAUGUCAGGAUGGACUGUCUACCCACCUUACCGUUGUCAGAUGGCGGCGCUGGCGGUUGGGGCGCCUGGUCAGCGUGGUCAGCGUGUCCAUCACCAGCGCGUUGCUCCACUCGUACUCGCAGCCGCCACCGCUUUUGCGACUCGCCACCACCAGCGUACGGCGCUAAGUAUUGCGAGGGUCAAGCCGUGGAGCUAGCAGCCUGCGAAUGUGCCACCAAACCCUGGGCCGGAGACUCCUCCAUGGUCGUGUCUGAAGUCGGUCCUCAAUGUCGGUGUGGCUGUGUGCUGCAUCUGGCUCCUAGUGCAAGAUUGCUGGCUGGGUCUGCGAAGGCCUGCCCUGGGCGAUCCUUCUGGCUAUUACAGGCAGAAGAAGGCUUGGUGGUCCGGCUUCGCUUCGAAGCGGUACGGCUGCCGUGUGCCGGACAGGCUUUGAGAGCUCGUGAUGGCGACUCUCUUGGGUCUCCACUUCUGGCCUCUUGGGAUGGACCCGACAGCUCUGCCUUGGUUGGAGACGUGGAAACCACGACAGACAGCAGUGGAGCGAUUGAGAUCGCCGGCGGCGGACACAUCCUGGUAGAACUGCGUUCGGGCGAAGCGAAGAAUCAGGCGGAUCAGAACUGCGCGGGAGGCUUUCUGGCACACGCUUCGCAGAUCGAACCGAUCCGUAACGCAUCAGCAGCCUGGGCGUCGAUCGGCGUGGGUCCGGCGUGGCUCGGCGCUGGCGGCGGCGCCAGAGCGGCGGCGUUGGCGUUAGCUGCUGCUGCCGCGUUGGCUGCAUUAGGACUGGCGCUGCAUUCGGCUAGACGGACCACGCCCUAUCAGAGGGCUGCGGAUAAAGAAUCUCUUACUGAUAGUGAUGCAUGCUCAGCCUCGCUGGAGCUCGGAGCCGCCACGUCAGGCUCACGCAGCACCCUGCUUUCCGAAGUGGUCGGAGGCAGCGUUUCUCUCCGAAGACUGCUGCCUUCAGGACGGACGAAGCAUACCAGGCUGAGGGACUCGGAUAGAGCGUCGGAGAAAGAGCAAAGGCUGGACGAAGACGAACCAACGGACACUGAAGAUCAGGACAACGCCAGCGAAGGCAGCGCACACAGCGCUGCGAGCGACGCCACCAUAACACCUGAAUCCGCUGCGAGCGCGCCCGCGGGACAAACUAGUGUUAGCGCCAUGACGCACUCACCGUUGAAGAGAUCGCAGACUAUGGCUGAUUCACCCCAGGUCACAUCUCCGCCUCUGCCUUCAACCAGCGAGACAGCAACAGAAGACAUAAGCACAAGCGUCACCAGUGUGAGCGAGAGGGACUCCUGCAGUGAAAAGGACAAAGAUAGCUUGUUAGACAGAAGUGCAAGCAGAGCAUCUUCUUCGUCCGCUGCUACUCUGACAAACGGCUGGUACUCGCCAGCGCUGAGUGGGGUGUCCGCGGCUCGGAUUCGCGACAACCCGAAACACAACAAGGAGAGCUGCAACCGCCGGCUGCUGCGGUCUGACCUCAGUCUCACAUCGCACCCUGAGAUGGAGAUAGAUUAUUAUGACUAUGAGGUUAACAAUGCAGGCUCAGUUCCUGGAUCAUACCUAGGAAUGGAUCCUGCUUUCCUGGUCUGGAUACCUCCUAUAGAAGAAGGAGACAUCAUCAAAGAAAUAGAUGAAAGCAAGAUACCUAUUUAUGAGGAAAUUCUUCCCAAAGAACUCCAUCCAGAUCCUGGCAGCAACACGGAAUCCCCUGAGGAUCGUCCUUCUUGCAGCACCCUCAAGAGGACCGAGCGAGAGAAACCCGACAACAGAUCCAUCAAGUCCAACGACUCCGUCAAAUCCCGCAGAGUCCUUGACAGGACCAACAUCAUCCAUCCACUCAACUUCAGCAUCACAGAUUUACAAAACUCUCCAAGACUCCCGAAGAGAAGCAGAAAGAAGAAAGAUGACGCGAUACAAAUGAAAGAACUCACUUUAACAAGAUCUCCAGUUAAAGUACACAGAAGAGAUAAAUCAGACAAUGAUAAUACGUUGAAAAGAGUUAACGAUACUGUGAGAGAAACCAAAGCUUAUGACACUUUGAAAGCAAACACAGACCUCGAUGAUAUAAAGUUUGCAGAUGAUACUGAUUCGUCAAACGAAAUCAAAUUUGCCGAUGAUUCACCAGAUAGUAAUAGAUUAGUUGAUAAAUUCAAUGUUAAAGCUUAAGUCUAUUGUUGAGGUUUAAAUAAACUUAAGUUUAAAACCCCGUAGACAAUCAUUACCAUCAUUAAUAUUUAUGUAGAAUUUUAGUUUCCCUUAGAUUCAAAUGCCCGUUUAACUUAAGGACCAAUAUGUGAAUAGAUCAGACAUAACAUAUUUAUAAUAUUCUCUCAUAUCAUCAAAUCAAAAUUAAAUGUAGCGCGAUAUAUAUUUUUCAAAGAUUCCAUAUGUGUAGUUCACUAACGUAAUAGAUGUAGAAAAUAAUCAGUGGGGAUAAUAGUUUACCAUUAUCAGAACCUAAUAAAUUGUCAAAUGAUUAUUCGGUCCAUUCAAGUUCUGCUGCGUUUAACGAAUGUCAUUUUAAUAAACUUUUGAAUCGAUUAUCUACGCUGUAUCAAUAUUGAUUUUUUUCUUUAGCGAGUUGUUUAUCUUCUAGUUCCUCCACAAAGCUAAUAUCCCCACUGCUAGGAUCACUUAGCAUUUUAUAAUCGACAAUUUCAUUAAGAUGUGUAGGCUUAUGUAUAAUGCCACUGUUUCACCCAUCAUUAUCAUUAAUAUCAUUGCAAUUUCUAGUCACUAGAUUUAAACACGCUAAGAUUUGUGUGAUAUCAGGUUUAAAACUAAAACGAGUAUUUCUGCCAAAGAAUGAAUCUAGUUUAACGAAAUCAUUAUUGUUGUGAAAAUGGUUUUGUAAAAUAAAGUUAGUAAAUACUAGCUUAAAGCAGAGCUCAACGAGGGAGCGGAGUGUUAGGUUCGGCAACGCGCAUGUAACACCUCUUGAGUUGCAGACGUCCAUAGGCUACGGUGACCGCUUACCACCAGGCGGGCCGUAUGCUUGUUUGCCACCGAUAGUAUAAAAAAUCGCUUUUACUAUGAACCUUUAUUAACAAUACAUCGUGUUCUACGUAUUUCACGCUGUAAAUAUCCAUUUGAAUAUUCGUAUCAUUAACAAUAUUGCAAUAUUUAUUUAUUUUAUUUAAAUGGUAUAGACGAUGAUAGAGACUAAGGAUUAUGGGCAGUGCAAUAUUGAAUUGCGUUUUUAAAUUACUUUUUGAUUUAUAUUUAAUGAUCGUCAAUCAAAUAUUUGUGGCAAAAACAAAAACGUCGUGAUCUUUUUAAAUCUAGUCAUCUUGUGUCAAAUUAAAGCCAUUUUAUGAUUUUUGUUACUAUUUAUAUUGAUUAUUUUGUACCGCAUUUAUUAGUUUAAUUAAAUAUUAAGUAGAAAGUUUAAGGGGUAAUGUUAUUUUAUUGUAAAACUGUUAGCAUUACCUUUAGCGUAAGUGGAGGAGAGUUGUUUCAAAUUUAAUUCUGUUCCUUUUUUGAGAAUAAACAGUUUUUAUUUUGUAUUUGAAA